AUGCCACUAUACAGUCCCGAUACCUUUUUUAUGGACUGGAUCCAAUAUGAAGCUUGGUGGAAAGCAUAUGAUGAGAUGGUUGCUAUCCAGGAUUUUGCCUUCCUGGAAGAUUUUCUGAAAACGGGUACUGUAAUCCAUGAAGAACUCGUGGGUGUUCAUAGUCAUGCUGGACACCGAGGAGCCAGUACACUGCAAAAUACUCCCAAUUUAAUAAUGUAA